AUGGAGGUGACAGUUCACACUCUGGCCGAGGCAUUUCACCUGCCUCAGCAAGAGGCAAUUGAAAAAUUCAUAAAGGGGCCAAAGUAUGAACCAUGUGAGUUUAAAAUGAUUGCAAAUGAUCUGUCUGCCAUCACCCCCUCCCCUACCCACCCCUCCACCCCACCACCCCCAACCUCACCGCAGCCCUCCCCCUGGACCACCACCCCCCCCAGUACCCCCCAGACCCCCCCAGGACCAGGCUCUAAGUGGAACCCCACAGGAAGGCCAUCUCUGGGGGGAAAUGGCUCCCAGAUGUGCCACUCUCUGGAGGAACGCAGCCAAGUUUACAUCUCUGCUGCCCAUUCCAGUGCGUGUGUGUGCAGACUGAACGCAUUCACAAACACAUUAUUCAAGCCUCCGGUGUGA